AUGAAGGUCACAGCGCACAUCAGAUCACCAGUCCAACUGGAAAUCAUUGUUGUCGGCGCCGGACUGAGUGGAUUGGCCACCGCAGUAGCAGCCGCUUUGUCGGGACACAAGGUCACCGUCUUUGAGUCCGCGAAGGAGCUCCUUGAGGUCGGUGCGGGCCUACAAGUAACGCCCAACUCCACACGCAUUCUCCAGAAAUGGGGCCUGCCGGAUAGACUGUGGAAAUCGGCAUCUGAGCCGACGGAUUUGGUGGUGCAUCGCUACUCCGGAAAGGUCCUCGCGUUGGAGGAGAACUUCAACAAGAACAUUCGCGCAAAGUAUCAGGCACCAUUCAUCGACUUGCACCGCGUCGACCUCCAACUUUCACUCUAUGAGCGCGCCAAGGAACUCGGCGUCACAUUCAACCUCGGCGAGAAGGUCGAGAACAUCGACUUCGACAUUCCCGAGCUCACGACGCAGUCUGGAAUCAAGGCCAAGGCAGAUCUCAUCGUCGCUGCCGAUGGACUUUGGUCGCGAUCGCGCGCGUGCUACCUGAAGAAGGACGACCCUCCCCUGGCAACGGGUGACCUCGCCUACCGUGUGGUUCUCAAUCUCGAUGAGGUAACGGAUCCGGAGCUGAGAGAGUGGAUUCAGAAGCCUCAGGUCCACUUCUGGGUCGGUCCCGGUGCUCACUGUGUUGGGUACUCGAUGAGAGCGGAGAAGAUGUACAACCUGGUGUUGCUUACGCCCGAUGAUCUUCCCAAGGGUGUGAGCCGUCAGGCAGGAUCAAUCGAAGAGAUGCAGAGCCGGUUCGAUGAGUGGGAUCCGAUAUUGAAGAAGUUCCUCAGCUCGGUUGACAGUGUUGAGAAGUGGAAGCUGAUGCACAGGGAGGAAAUGACUUCUUGGGUCAAUGAGAAGUCGAACUUUGUGUUUGGUGCCAACUCAGCUGUGGAGGAUGGAGCUGUCCUUGGGCUGCUCCUUGGUCACAUCAAGUCUAAAUCGCAACUACCUGCAGCAUUAAAGUCAUACGAGAAGUUGCGCAAGGCUCGUGGCGAAUCCAUCGUCAGAGAAACGUUCAAGCAGCGCCACGAUUUCCACAUGAAUGACGGCCCUGAGCAAGAGGCCAGAGAUCAAAUUUUUCUGUCACAACUUGGCAAGGAGCUGAAGGGUGCAUUCCCCAGUAGGUGGACGUGCCCUGAAGUGCAGCCCUGGCUGUACGGAUACGACGCGUACAAGGAGGUUGAGGAAGCGAUGAAGAGCGAUCCCUUUGACAAGCCCCACGCCAACUUGUGA